UUUAUUUUUGAUAAGAUUUAAAAAAAUUCAACAAAUACAAAAAGUUAAUGAUAAAAAGGAAUUACAAUUAGUGUUUGCAUAGCUUCAGUUGGAUAAACAAUGUUCUUUAAAAUUAUUAUUUCGUUGGGAUUAGUUGUUUUUCUCGUAGACUACACUUAUGGAACUUGUGGAUUAUGUCUUGAAAAUCAUGUAGCAUGUCACAGUGAAAACACGUUUUCACUUUGUGUAGAAGGAAACCCAACGGAUUCUUAUGUUAAGUGCCCGAAAGAUUCGAUCUGCACCAAUGAUCCAGCUGUAUGUGUAACAAAAUCCAACGAUGACCUGAAACCAUCUUGUAUGACAGUAAAAGUUCCGGAGAAGUUUGGAAAUUCUUAUAAGGCACCAAAUGUAGCUGGCUUAACAUUAACAGAAGAUAGAGCACUUUCUGAUGAUGAAACUGAUCUUUCUUCAUCUACUCAAGGGGGCGAUGACGAAAUUUCUGCUUCCACACAAUAUUCAGUUUCCGAAGAUCCAUUAUCAACGGAGUAUCCAGAAGAUGAAACUGUGUCCUCAGUAGAUGAUUCAUCAGCUAGUUCAACUGAUACUACUAUGACUGAGAAGGGAAUAACUUUGAUACCAGAAGACUUAUCUUCAACAACUGAGGCAACUGAAUCAGCAGAACUAAGUACUUCUUCAACAGAAGAUAUAACAGGUAGUGAUAUGUCCACUACUGACAUUGAGUCAACGUCGUCAUCCAUAACUCCACGAGACGCAACAACAUUUUGCUCAGAAAAUAAAGAAGUUGGAACAUUUGAAGCUGAAGGUGACACCACUUGCAAACGGUUCGCUGAUAAAAAUAUAAAAUUUAGGAAUAUCUUUUUGGAAAGAACCACGAAGUUCGAAGUAUCAGUCAGUUCAUGUCUUCUAAUAAGGUUCAACAUGUUUAAGUUAAUUACAAUAUUGAUAGUAGUCUUUGGUUUGAGUCAAAUUGAAGGUGCAUGCAACAUAUGCAAUAAACAUGGAUUUGCAUGUGUCGAUAAAACAAGUUUUAGUAUAUGCAUAGAUGGUAAAGUAGAUAAAUCAAUGACCUUGAAAUGCAAAGAAGGUGAAAUCUGUACAGAUAUGUCAAUGGCCUGUGUCCCUACGGCAAACUCAACCGCUAUACCAGGUUGUUCUAGCCUUUGUGGUGUUUGCGAGAUGGGAAAAACGUUUGCAUGUUCUUCAAUUAUAAACUAUCAACUGUGUAGGGAUGGAGAACCAACAGGAAUAGUUGGUACCUGUCCUGGUGACAAGGUAUGUGACACUGCGGGUUCUUCGGUUUGUGUAAGACCCUGCGAUGUCACUAACUUAAUUUGCGAUAAGGAAACACCUAAAACUCCUUCAACGACAACUCCAACAAUCACAACUUCAACAACACCAACCACAAAAUCAACAUCUUCAUCAACAUCGUCAUCAUCUUCGUCUUCAUCUUCUUCAACUUCAUCAUCACCUCGAACUCCAAGUUCCGUAACAACUCCAAUGACACCUACAUCAUUUGUCAAUCCAACGCCAACAGAACCAGUGCUGCCAACUCCGACACCAACUAAGACACCCCAGGCUAUUUGCAUUGAAAAACAAAAUCCUGGCAGAUAUCCUUUGGAUGAUGAUCAUAGUGAUGCAUGUAGUAAUGAAUACGUCUUUUGCCGCUUUGAUGGAUCAACUUUAGUUGCUGUUCCAAGCCAAUGUCCAUCUGGUAGAAGUUUUAAUAAAGCAACUCAAAGUUGUGAAACAAGUCCUGCUGGAUGUGAUGUUUAAAAAGCAGGAUAUUCUAGGUUAUUGUGAAUGAAAUUUCUUUUCCCUUGGACUUUUAAAAUGGGACUCUUGG